UUUAGACACACCAUCUUUGCCAGCAACACGUCCUCCCUGCCGAUUUCUGACAUUGCCAGCUCCACUGACAGGCAGGACAGAUUUGGUGGCCUCCACUUCUUCAACCCAGUCCCUAUGAUGAAACUUGUGGAGGUUAUUGGAACUUCAGCUACAAGUCAAGAGACCUUUGACGCCCUCUUCAACUUCAGCAAAGAGCUUGGAAAAACACCAGUUUCCUGCAAGGAUACUCCAGGAUUCAUUGUAAACAGGCUGCUUGUUCCUUACAUAAUGGAGGCCAUUCGUCUGCACGAGAGGGGUCAUGGAUCCAAAGAGGACAUUGACAUUGCAAUGAAACUCGGUGCAGGUUAUCCCAUGGGACCAUUCGAGCUUUCGGAUUAUGUUGGAUUAGACACAAUGAAAUUUAUCAUGGACGGUUGGAGUGCUAAGGAUCCUGACAACCUGCUCUUUACUCCGAGUGAGUUGUUGAACAAGUUGGUUGCUGAAGGCAAAUAUGGCAAAAAGAGGAGAAGGAUUUUACAAGUACAAGUGAAAUGUCCUCCUCGGAGACACUGGUCACUGUGACACUGAAAAGAAAUACUUAGAGGUUCAAUAAUGCAUUCAAACACUAAAGGUGCCUUUUGUGUUGUAGUGUGUUCACAAUUGUGAGUCCAGUUUUGUUUGAAUAAAUCCUUCCAUGGUGUUCACAAA